GGUUCUGAAAAGCUAGAAUACCAAAAUGGCGAAUUUUCUUGCAGUACCACCUAAAAGUAGCUCCGAAGUGGAGCUUCAAAGACCUUUACAAAACUUUAUCAAGAAUACUUACUCUGAUUCUGGAGAAGGAGAUGACUUUUCCCAACAAGUCAAGGAAUUUUCGAAACAAAGGACCAACGCUGUGUGCAGGAAACUGGAUAAACAUGCCAAUUCUCUGGAUAUGCUGGCAAAAUAUUAUGACCAGCUUGAAGCAAUCGAUGGCAAACUCCCUAUCAUGGAAGGACAGAUUGCUGUAAACUUUGGAUGGCAAGAUGCUUUUGACAAAGGAUCUUUCUUGGGUGGAGCGAGGAAACAAUCUGCACCUACUGCUGCCUUUGAGAAGGUUUGUGUCCUUUUCAAUAUUGCUGCAAUGAACAGCCAGGUCGCUGCUCUGCAGAGCAUGGAUGAUGAUGAUGGUCUUAAAAGUGCUGCAAAACAAUUUGUGACUGCAGCUGGUUUUUUCAACCACAUCAAGGGUAGCGUGUACUCGGCUGUUCAAACGGUGCGGACAUGUGACAUGCAGCUAGAAUGCCUCACUGCCCUCAGCUCACUCAUGCUGGCUCAAGCUCAGGAGAGCUUUCUAAGGAAGGCCAGGAAAGACAAGAUGAAGGAUGGGAUUAUAUCUAAGGUAGCACUGUCUGCUAGUGAGCUCUAUCAAGAAGCAGCCAAAGCUCUCAGCCAGCCACAGGUCAAGGAUAUUAUUCCCAAGGAUUGGAUUCCUACAGUGCUUGGGAAGCAAUACUACAUGCAUGCCAUAUCAGAAUACCACCAGGCCCUGGUGUGCCGAGCUAGCAAGUCCUAUGGUCCAGAAGUUGGAAGGCUAAAGCAUGCAAGUGAUCUCUUGAGUGAAGUCGAACGAAAAGGGGGCCAGUACAUCGACACCAAGGACUUCGCUGCUAGAGUUAGUCAAGAGCUCAAAGCUGUGAAGAAGGACAAUGACUUCAUCUAUCAUGAUAUUGUGCCCUCGGUAGAUCAACUCAGCAGGCCUGGCACCGCCCAGAUUGCCAAACUUGUGGAUUUCUCAACACCGUUAUCUACUGAAUCAAAUGAUCUGUUUGCAUCUCUGGUUCCCCUAAGUGUUCACAAUGCAACUGUUGCCUAUGACAACCGUAAGGCGGAGGUUGUCAACAGAGAAGUUGGAAAGCUACGAGAGGGAACUCAAUUCAUGAAUAGUGUCCUAGCAUCUCUCAACUUGCCUGCAUCUAUAGAGGACCUGAAAGGAGACAGCGUUCCUCAGUCGGUCUUAGAGAAGUCCCAAGGAAUUAAACAGAAAGGAGGACUAGAGCACAUCGACAAGUUGUUCCAUGAACUACCAGAACUCCUCCAGAGAAAUAGAGAGAUUUUAGAAGAGGCCGUCCGUCAACUUGAUGAAGAGAGAGAAACUGAUGUCCAGAUGAAGGAGAAGUUCAAGGAGAAAUGGACCCGUGUUCCCUCUGACCAGCUGACCACAGCACUGAGGGCAGAAUCUAGCAAGUAUAGGACCAUUCUAAACAAUGCUGUGCAGGCUGACCACACUGUUAAGGACAAGUACAAGCAGAGCAGACCAUUCAUCAUGAUUCUAUCAAAAGACCAGGUGGAGAUAGCAGCUUCACUACCAUCGGCCAGUGGAGCUUCAGCGUUACAGGGGUCCCCUGUAGUCCAGGAGUUAAGACAACUCAUGAAGGACGUUGAUGAAAUCAAGACGGUCAGAGAAGUCCUGGAGAAUGAGAUUAAGAGUGCCACUGUAGAUAUAAAAUCAAAGUUCAUGCGGGCCCUAACAGCAGAUGGUGCAAUCAACGAAGACACCAUUUCCAACGACAGCAUUGACGACAUGUAUAGCUCCCUCAUUCAGCAGGUUCAGGAGAGUGUUCGCAAACAGGAGACAGUCCUCAACAAUGUUCAGGAUGCCAACACAAGGUUCUGUUCAGCCAAGCAGACCAAUGCAGGUGGUCAACAAAGAGAAGAGAUGCUGAGGAAUCUAGCCACUGCUUAUGACAGCUACAUGGAGCUUACAUCAAACCUACAGGAAGGCACCAAGUUCUACAACGACCUGACCCAGAUCCUUGUCAAAUUCCAAAGCAAGGUGGUUGACCUGUGCUUUGCUCGCAAGACUGAGAAAGAGGAGCUGUUAAAGGAUCUUACCCAAUCCCUGGCCCACCAACCUCCUGCAGCUGCACCAUCAGCUCCUACACACCACAGCUCAGGUCAAAGAGUACCUCCUGCGAGACCACCCCCUCCUAAUGUCAGCCGUGCACCUCAAUCUACAGCACCCCCACCCCAGGCCCCACCCCAGCAGGCAGCAUCAGCACCUCAGCAACCACCACCACCAGCAGCAGCAGCAGCACUACCACCCCAGGCGGUACCCGGUGGUUACCCUGUGCAGCCCGGCUCAGCACCCCAGUACCAACCCAUGCCAUCCUACGCACCCGGCUAUGGUGGUGCCCCCAUGUCCAUGCCCGCCCCAAUGGCGGCCUAUAAUCAGAACACCUACCCCCAGCAAGGUUACCCGCAGCAGGGGUACGGGCAGCAGCCCCCUUAUGGUUACCAGCAGCCCCCAGCACAGGGUUACCCCGGACAGGCUCCACCCCAGCAAGGCUAUCCAACACAGCCUCAAGGGUAUCCACAACAGCCCCAAUACAACCCUUAUGGACAACAGCCGCCACGUUAACUUUGUAUGUCAAUGUAUAGUUUCAAGCGUAUAAGUUCUGGUAACUUUUCUGCGUUUUAGCACAUAUCAUUGCAAUAGCAAUAUACGUAUCAAAAGAAGCAACCGGUAUCUAAUAAUUUUGUUCUCUAAUGCUGAUAAGCUCUUUUGAUAUAUUUGCAACACAAAUGAAUGAAUGAAUGAACCACCAAAAUGUAAACUCUUACUCACCUCCCCCCCCCCCCCCUUCCGAAAAACAACAACAGUGUGUUUUCAUAGUAAGUUUAUAAAUAGAUGAAUAUUUAAUGUACGUCUCUGUGUAGCCUUUCUAAUGUUCUUUCAACUUCAGAAUUUGUUAAUCCAUGUUGUGUUAGAAAUUCAAUUAAUUGUUACUAUUUUUACAAAUCAAUACCAAACAAAUGUUAUUAUAGGAUAGUACUAUGUAUCAAUGUAUUGUAUAGUGAAGUAUAUCUGACAUACUUGAUUAUUUUUUCUACUGAGGUCUAAUUAAAAAACAUACAGAGUACAAUAUUUUCUUCCGCUUGCCAAUGAGGUGUUCGGUAAUUUAUAUAUGAUGGAUUUCUGAGAAUGAAUUAGUCUUCUCGACUAUACAGCUGUGCACAGAACUGAUUUCUUAUUUGAUAUAAAAAGACAAACUGAAAAAAUUCGGAAAACAACAAGAAAAAAAAUUACACAUUUAAAAAAAAAAAUUGUAAGAAAGUUUGAGUGUGCAUUUCGAUGUGAUUUACAAAAAUGACAUAACUUGUAAUGUGUUGUUGUUUAUGUGAUAGUGUUUAAUCUAUAUAAAUAAUGGCUAGUGUUGGAUAUAAGAAUAUAUUGAAACAUAUAUUAGGUACAUGUAUAUCUAGCAUUUUUAUAGCAAAUAAAGUGAAAGUUCUAAAAUAAUAUUAUAGGUCAUUUACACCACUUGCUCGAUAUAAAGUACUUUGGUUUUUUAAAUAUUGAAAUUGAAAAGACAAAUGAUUGCAGAUAUCUGUUUUAAGCCUAUGUGUGCCUAUUGCAAUUUAAGAAAUUAUGAUUAAUUGCUCACUUGCAGAAUAUGAACAUGAACAUCAUCACCAUCCAUGAAAUAGCCUUUUAGCACCUAUACUGCCCUCUUUAGUUCCCUCUGUUCUAGUUCCCUGCUUUACACAAUUUUUCAUUGGAUGUUCUGUAGAUAGAUAUAAAGCUUAUUAGAAAUCCAACAUCUAUAUGUUAAGCCAUUUGUAUAAGAUUAUGCUUGUUAUUAUUAUUAUUAUCAUCAUUAUGCAAUAUAGAUAAGAGAGACAUUUGGACGAUCCACUGUCCUGAAAGUUGCAUUAGAAGUUCAUACUUAUAUUUGUGUCACAAUGUUUAUAUCAUCAUAUUUGUUCCUUUUGAAUGGACAGUGUUGGAAGUUUCAUGGGGAAAACAAUGAUUAAGAUCCAUCUUUUCAAGACAUGUUAAUAAAAAUACUCCAUAAGUUUGCAGCUUAUUGAUUAUAAUGUAGAUUACUGUUAGAGUCUGGUGGAGCAUUCGGUCCAUUGCUCUCAGAUGUCAUUCAAAGACUCUAGGAAUUCAGUCACCACCACCACCAUUCAAUUUGUCAUCAUGUUCAUCAUCAUGAUCACUAUCACCAUCGUUGAGCAUCUGUCUUUCCCACACUGUGAGGUUGGAAGUUUCAUUUCCUUCUUGGCCCUUCUCCAAGCCAUCCGGUCUCAGCAUCCAUCUGUGUGAGGCCAGAUACUCUUACAUCUUCUUCUAAUGUCUCCUUCUAAUGUCUCCUUCCAAAUUUUGUAAGGUCUGCCACAGGAUUUAGAGCCAGUCUCCAGAAAAUUCAUUGCAAUUUACACUGUGAAAUGCUUUUUGAUUGAUUGAGAAGAAUACAAGACAUUUUAUUUAAGUAUAUUUGAUAGAACCAUCCUCCAUACAUAGGACUAUUGUAAUUAUAAAGAAGCUUAUAUUAGGAUAAGUUUCUUGGGUCAUAUGCUAACAAAUAAUUAAUAUUUCGUAAACACAAAAUAAUGUAGUUUAUCUAUGAAAGCAUUGUUGAACAACCUGUUCAUACAUUAUUUGAUCAUUCCAUUUUUUAAAUUAUGGUAGCAUUUUAGAAAUGUAUGCCAAGCAUUUUGUUUAAUUAUGUUACAGAGUUCCUUGCAAACAAUUUUGGUAUUUGGAUACCUGUUUGAGAAUUUAUAGAAGAAUUUUGAUAGAGUGUCUGUAACGUUGUAUUUAUUAUAAAAUUUAUGAUAUCUGUGUUUCAUUUUACAUAUGAAUGUAUUAAGAACAGGCCUGUAUGAGGUCAUGUCUUGUAACAGGAAAUAAUAGGAGAGAUUUGUUCUUCUUUUGUUAAAUUUCUGAUGAAUCAUUUAAUUACAAAAGGAAAACAAAAACUCUUGUAUAUCUUUUUGAAAUGUGUGUGUUUGUUUGAUUAUUAGUGAAGUUUAAUGUUUGGAAACAAAUUUCUGGCUGUUCUUUAUAUGUCAACCAAUUGCCAGGAAAUACACUGAUUUUUGUAUUAAAGCUGUCUUAGAUGAUGUGAUUAAUUUAUAGAAUUAUAACUCUAUAACAAGUUGAUAAAAAGGUAUGUGCAACCUAUUAUUGAGUAGUAAUUUGUUACAUCUCUUUAUUAUGCUUCUGCUAUAUUGAAUAUAAAAACAAUCCUAUGAUCAUAUCCCAGAGAUGGACUAAAUUGAGGUAGAUUUCUGAGAUAAUUAUAGGCCUAUAAGUGCAGCAACAUUCACAGUCAUGACAAAUUAUCACUUUGCACCUGGGCAUUCCAUCGUUUAGUUUAGAGAAACACACUUGCCCAUUCUACAUCUUUCACUUCACAAAAUCUGUAUUGAUAACAUAUUUGCAAUUAAAGAUCAUACAGCCUUUCACAUUGCAUGCUUGCGUUAUAGGAGAAAAUGAUGUAGACAAAAAUGUAUUAGAUGAAUAGUAGAUCAUUUCACUAUCUACUCACUGCAAAUUACUGUUUGGAGCCAGAAGGGCAUUAUCUCACAUACUUUAACACAGACUUAAGACCAUUCUGGCUCUGGACAGAAGAUAUACAUUUAAGUUACAUGGAGAAAUUGGAGAUACUGCUUGGGAAACUUGGUAAGCUGAUUUCCAAUAGCAGUUUUCAUACAAUUUAGGGGCUAAGAAAUUUGGAAUUUCGCUAUUUACCAUGUUGCUUUUAAACAAUAAAUGUACUGUUUUCAUACAAUUUAGGGGCUAAGAAAUUUGGAAUUUGGCCAUUUACCAUGUUGCUUUUAAACAAUAAAUGUACUCUUUUUCUAAUCUUUGUGAAACUGCAGCAAAUAAUCAUGUCAGAAUCUUGUCUAUGAUAUCAUUUGUGUCGAUGAACAAAUAGAUCUUAUGUUAUCUUCGAUUGAGAUAUGUGUAGCCUCUAUGCGUAUGAAUGUAAUUUCAUGGAUAUUCCUAUCCAUUGUAGAAUGAUUCUUUUUUCUGGUGAAAUACAUUAAGAAUACUGACAAUAA